AUUUUUGUUUUGUCUCUCCUCUCAACGUCUGUUUUUCCCAACCCAUCUUCCAAGAUAACAAACUUCAGAAAAAAAAACCUUCCUUUUUGCAACAACAAAUAACCAGUUAUUUUCUUUCUAUGUCAUCACUUCUUCACUUUCCUUUCUAUCUCUUUCUAUUUAACUCUGAUUUUCUUCCAUAAAUUCUCAAUUCUGAAUCCUCCCAUUCAAACCCAUUAAGGAUUUCUUUCCUUUUUUUAAAGGAAAAAAACUUUUGGGGUUGUUUUUAAUUGAUUGAGAAGUAAAUAAAUUUACUGGGAAUUCCUACAAAUUGAGCUACCCUAAUUAAGAAAAAACCAGAGAAGAUAUUAAAAGAGUCGAAAGAAUCCCGUCAAAAAAGGCGCCGAAAAGAUCCCGUCAAACAACAGCGACGCAAUAUCCGUCAAAAAUAAUAAAAGCGUCGCAAAUUAAUGGCACAAUUUUGCUAUUACAGGCCUUACUUCAAUCCCCAGCUCGAAUCUUUGAUCGAACAUAUAAAUCCUCCAAGGAUUCGAAUUGAUAACGACGCUUUUAAAGAUUGCACUCUUAUCAAGUUUGAUAGCGCAAACAAGCAUGGGAUUCUGCUAGAAGUUGUUCAAAUCUUGACUGAUUUAGACCUUGUUAUUUCCAAAUCAUACAUUUCUUCUGAUGGUGGAUGGUUCAUGGACGUCUUCCACGUGACGGAUCAAUUUGGCAACAAGAUUACUGAUGAAGCUCUCAUUCAGUACAUUCAGAAGGCGGUAUGCACCAAGAGGAAUUCAAAAGAGGCGCAAGUAAACCCAGAAAGAAACCUGAGACCUCGCCAUGUAGUUGUAAUGGAGCAUACGGCCAUAGAGAUGACUGUAACAGAUCAACGAGGCUUACUAUCUGAAGUAUCCGCAGUCCUUGCUGAUCUCGGGUGCCACAUCAGCGCCGGUGUUGCGUGGACCCACAAUCACCGCGGUGCAUGCAUCAUCUACGUGGACGAUCAGGAGACAACCAGACCAAUCACAGAUCAGAAACGCCUGUGUCACAUACAAGAACAGUUACAGACUGUUGUUGAUGCACGUAAUAAAAAUGGUGAAAAACAGAACGUGAGGUUAACCACCCCUGCCACCACUCAGACACACACCGAGCGGAGGCUCCACCAGCUCAUGUUGGCUGACGGUGGUGGUGUAGGCGGCGGCGGUGGUGAAGGGGUAGAGUGUGAGAGGCAUCAUGGGAUGACUUGUGAGUGUACUCAUGUGUCAAUACAGAGUUGUAAAGAGAAAGGGUAUACUGUGGUAAAUAUAAGGUGUAAAGACCGUCCUAAGUUGCUUUUCGACACUGUUUGUACACUUACUGAUUUGCAAUACGCGGUGUUUCAUGCUGCCAUUUCUUCCAAUUCCUCCAUUGCAGCUCAGGAGUAUUUUGUGCGACGCAAAGACGGAUGUACGGUGGAGACCGAAAACGAGAGGCGUAGAGUAAGACAAUGCUUGAUUGCUGCAGUAGAAAGGAGAGGCACGCAGGGUUUGAAGCUAGAUAUAACGGCCAAGAACAGAACAGGGCUACUUUCAGAUGUAACAAGGGUUUUCCGGGAGCAUGGGCUAUCCGUAACAAGAGCCGAGAUCGGCACCAAAGAUGAAACAGCAAUCGGAACAUUCUAUGUUACAGAUAGUUCAGGUCGCAGGAUAAGCAAAGAAAUGGUGGAGGCGAUAGAGAAAGAGAUAGGUGGAACGACGACUACUGUGGCGGUGCAGCAUGAAAAACCGCUCAGCAAAAGCAUAGACUAUAAAAAUACAAAUGGUAUUGACGAUAAGCCAAGUUUGUUAUCGUUGGGUAGCUUGCUUUGGUCAAGACUCGAGAGGAUAUCGGGCAAUUUCGGACACAUAAGGUCAUAAAAGAAACAUAUAUGAAGCAAUAAUCUCAUGUAGUUUGUGAAUACAAAGAAUAGGUUUUAAGAAUACAAAAGUGUAUAGGAGUAGUAUUUUAGGAAGUUUUUCCAGUUUUUAAGUUUAGGUGUAGGGCUGUAUGUAAUAAUGCAAAUAGAUCUUUAACAAGUCUCAACAGCUAUGGAGUAUACGUUACAGGUUGGC